CUGGCACGUUUCUGAGGGAGGAGUUUGGCCUGCCGGACGCAGAGCUGGCAGUGGUCAAUGAACAGACUUUGACUGGGGUUCUGAGCGAGUUUGCUCAUGAACUCCGGAAGUGUUCUGUGGGAGUGGCAGACGGGGAUGAAAACUGUUUUGUACCAACCUCUGAGAUCAUUGCUGUAGAAGAAACGGAAUGUAACAAGAAACAGCGUAAUAUUGGCAAAUGGCAAAAAAUGGCAAAGCCGCACGCUUUCACAGUGUAUUAUGUGAAGAAAUCGCGAAAUCACCGCUGGCGGUGCAGUGAUGUCACGUUUUGGUGUGUUGAUGAGCACUUGUGUAAUCAGUGGAUACAGGCGCUGAAGGAAUCACUGGAAAUGCAGAAGUCUAGACCAAAGAAUUUGCUGGUGUAUAUUAAUCCAUAUGGAGGAAAGCGCCAAGGAAAGAGGAUUUAUGAACAGAAAGUAGCUCCACUCUUCAGUCUGGCAUCUAUUUCCACUGAUGUUGUUAUAACUGAACAUGCUAACCAUGCUAAGGACAAUUUAUUUGAAGUUAAUAUUAAUAAAUAUGAUGGUGUUGUUUGUGUUGGUGGGGACGGCACGUUCAGUGAAGUGAUGCAUGGUCUCAUUGGAAGAAUGCAGAAGGACUCUGGCAUAGACCAGAAUAAUCCCAAAGCACCGUUAGUCCAGUGCAAUAUAAAAAGCAUAAGACCACUGCAGCCGAGGAACGGUCCUCACGUUCCUGACCAAGUUGCAGUUUCUGCCCCUUUUUUUGAGGUGCUAUACCCUCCAAGUUCUCAAUGUCAGCUACUUAUUCAGGCAAUCCUGGCUACUGUCAUUGAGAGGCAUUUGAAGGAACUCAUUCCUGGAAUUCAGGUCUUUGGUGAUAAACUUACUGCCAAAGCAGGUUCACCUAAAGUAGGACACACAGGAACGUGCCUGGGUGAAUUUUGA